GGAACAUAGCGAUGGAAGUCCCCUGAGCGCCGCCCAAGGGCGUCGCUGCGAAGACGGAGAAGGAUAAUUUCGAAAGAAAGUCCGCGGCGAACGGCCGUUUGGCUCACGCCUCGGAGGGCGGCUUCGACUAGGCCUUUCGGGGACUCCGUCGCCUUGCCCGGGCGUGCGGGCGGCCCCUACGCCAUGCCGGGGCGCCCCCCGCCCGCCCCGAGCGCGCGGGCUGAGGCGCCUCGCACGGGGCGCAGAGCAUGCGGUCCUGGCCCGCCGGGCGCCAUGGUGCGCGCCCUCGCCGCAGGAGCUGAUCCGAGCAGCCGCACGAUGGCCGGCGGCGUCCCGCGUUCGUGCUCGUGGUCCGUCACGCCGGCCACGCCGCCCGUGCCCACCCACUCGCCGCCCGAGCGCCUGCGGCCCGACGAUGGCGCCCACCGCAGCGCCCGCGCAACGACCACCUCCGCAAGCGCGCCAGCAUCUCCGUGCUGAUGGUGGGCGCGCGCAGCCCGACGCGGCCCGACCCGCCCGCGCCGCGCUCCGACCGCAGCCCGCGGCGCUCGCUGGGCGCAGUGUGGCGUGUGUCGUCCUCCAGCCCCGCCCGCCAGCUGGGCGCGUGGCUGGGGCGGCGCCCGCGCUCCUUCGCAGGCUCGGGAGACACGGACGGCGGCGUACCCAGGCCUGCACACGCUCGCGCCGCCCGCCAGCCCCGUCCCCUCGCACUGCUCCUCGUCGCCCGAGCCGCCCUCGCCCCUCGAGCCCGCGUGCGGGCGUGCGCCGGGGUGGCCGCGCCCUCGCUCAGCAGCAGCCCCUCGGCCGCGUCGCUGCCCGCCUGGGGCAGGAGCCAGGCGGCCCCGCGCCGCCCCACGCGCCUCGUCAUCAGCGGGCGCGCGCACCCGCGCCGCCUGCACCACACGCCCUGCGUCACCAGGCUGUGCCAUGUGACGGUGACGCGGCUGCAGGUCACGCUGCCCCUAGGCGGCGACCUGACCUCCGUGACGCUGGCGGUGAAGAUGCAGUCGUCGAAGCGCACUCUGCGCUCCAACGAGAUCCCGCUCCCGCCCAGCGGAACCAUCGACGUCGAGCUGCAGCUCACCUUCUCCCUCCAGUACCCGCACUUCCUGAAGCGCGAGGGCAACACCCUUCAGAUCAUGCUCCAGCGCCGCAAGAAGUACAAGCACCGCACCAUCCUCGGCUUCAAGACCCUCGCCGUCGGAGUCAUCAACAUGUCUCAGGUUCUUCAGAGACCCGUUGACCGGGAGCUGGAAUUGUACAGCGAAGGCAAGGAGAAGGGCGUGUCGCUGGCCAAGGUGACCAUGGUCUCGCUCUCGUCACAGCCUGUGGACACGGAUGAGCCGCCCGAGAGAGCCAAAUCCUUUAUGGCGGAUAACCCAGAUCGUUCCGUAGAUCUUGUGGAGGUGUACAGCGACGACGACGAGGAUUACAGUUCUCAGGAUGAAGGCAGUGACUCGGAGCCAAUACUAGAGGACGGUUCAAGAAGGACACACCAUCACUUGCGAUCAAACACACGAUCGAAGAGUUUACCCCCCAAUGCUCGGCAAAGAAACCUGAAACAGAGGUUCAUUGCAUUGCUCAAGAGAUUUAAAGUUCCUGAGGCCUUACAGGCAUUUGAUCAGGACCAGGAGCUUGAUCCCAGAACUGGUGGUGAAGUAGAUGAAGCAGAAAUUGAAGACCUCUUUGAUGAACUGGAAGAUCUUAGCGACUCUGGCCCUGAAGUGGACACUAUAUCCAUAACAUCAACCCCCAAACCGUCAUUGCGGCCAUACUUCUCGUCUUCUCGAUCUCUACUUAAUGAAGCAGACAAAGUGGGCGCAGAUAGACUGAGUGAUGAAAGUAGCAAAAGAGCCGACAGCGAUCACAUGGAGAACUGGACGGAUCAGGAGCACUCUGAUCCACAGUGCUUAGCUUCAUCUCCACCAAGAGAAGACAAAAAUAAAAGUAACAAGAACAAGUUGUUUAAUAGAGACCGAAGCAACAUGUCCUUGAAGGAGAGGAGGAGUGUGUCGUCCACAGGCGGCUCAACGCCUCGCCAGGAGAAGAUGGUUGUUGAGAGGUCGAACUCAAGUGCAAAUGUAGACUCUAGUCCAAGGAAGGUGUUGUUAGAGCAGCUGGCUCGAGUACUACCAGUGGAGGAUGUACAACUGCCAGACCACGUUGUCUUGGUGAACACAGGGGAGUCACACGGGCCUCUCCUGUCUGCACAUCUCACAGAGCAUGGCCACAGGGUGAUUACUACCAUGUCCAUGGCUGAUGUAAAGGCCACUGUCUCGCACCUUGUCAACAAGCUCCAAAAAUUCUGCAACAGUAAUGCCAAAGCCCCAGGCCCCAUGAAAGUUGUGGUGGUGGGCUCUGAUACUUACAUUAGUUGCGUUUUGCGACCGUAUGUCGACCAGUUCUCUUCCAAACCGCCGGACUUCCAAAACCACGUUAGAUUUCUCAUCAUUCCUCUUGGUGUAAAUAGCCUAGCUAAGUACUUAGGAUCUGUAGACUCUGUGUAUGGUGCGGCUUUUGUCAGUGAAUCCUGGCGAGAGGUUGUGGAGCGAUGGGAGAAGCCAGAUGUGCAAGAGGUUGUUAAUCGCAUCCACCGCUACCUUACACAGGCUCAACACACGUUGCACCUUCCUAUUGCUGAAGCUAUGCUCACAUAUAAGGAAAAGAGUGGAGAUGAUGAAUCGACGCAGGCCUUUGUGCCAUUUAUCAUGGAUGUACGGUUGGGGAGUGGGGAUGUGACUUCAUCCUCAGUCGACCUGGAUGAGCCCCUCUCAACGCCCACAGCUAUCAUCCUGCCUGGGUCCCCCCCAGCUGCGUCCACACCCACCACUGGCCUCAGUAUAGACAAAACUCGGGACAACACAACUCCUCCCUCCUCACCGAACAUCAACAGCUCACACCUGGCCAACUACAAGUCAUUAUCUGAAAGUGGUGGGCAGGAAGCUCUGGAUCUACAAGUGGACUACUGGCUUGUGCGGAGCUCUGGCCGUGAAGACAAGGAGAAGGAAAAGGAAAAAGAAAAAGCACGUGUUGAAGGAGGAAAGUACACCCUGAAGACCAGCUUUCGCACUUUACAAGUGGCGCGGUUAGCUCCCCUUGGGGUAACGCCACCUGUAGAUCCCUACUCCUUCCAGCACUUGACAUUGUCAUAUGCCACCAAAGAGAAGAAGCAGAGAAUUAUGCGCAUUGGGAAGAAGAAGGAGAAGGAGAGAGAGACUGAGAGUCGGAGAGAAGUUGUGGACGGCGUAAGCAGAUUAUUGGCGAGUGCCAAGAAUCAGCCUUUCAAAGUGAACAUUGAUUCUGCCGAGUGGACAAAUGUCAAGUUCUUCCAGUUGUCCUCGCAAUGGCAGACGCAGAUCAAGACCUUCCCAAUCUCUCUCUUUAGCCUUCAAGACUCUAACUUGUGACUCACAACUCUCCAAGAUUAUUAGGUAGUAGUUGUUCCGAGACAUCCAUGAUCACAAUCAACUAAAACUUUUAUCUGGACAUCAACACACAAGGACUCCUCGUGCCUCCAAGCAAUAAUGACCAGUGAACAGACCUUUUAUUUUUCAUUGAUUUAUUUAUCUAUUUUUUCAAUGAUAAUUGAAAGACCAUACAUUGGCUGUGGUUUAAAUCUUGACAUCAUUUUGUUUCUGUUUUAACGAAAAUCAGAAGCACAUUCUAAAGAUGUAAGACAGACCUGAGAGGUGCCACUGAAAUCAAUUAUAUUUUUUUAGUUUUUAAAGUCUUGUUACAUGAUGAACUAAAAGUCACACAUGAUAAAAGAAAAUGCAAGCCCCAUUCUUCCCUUAAAGUCUAAUAGAUUUGUCAGUUCUUAGUAGUGGGAAGCUUUGUUAGUGCUCAACUUUAUAACACUAGGAAACAAAGAGUGAUAGACUUUCUGCCCAGUGAUCAUAAUUGCUGAUUGUGGCAAGUGAUGUGCUUGCUGUCUUCAUUUUCUCUCCAUAUUUCUAGGUGCACCAAAUCUUUCAGCAUUUUUUGUAAAAGCAACACAUCCCUCAAGUGUCAAGUGAGUUUUUUAGCCCAAAUGAUUAUGAAAACUAAAGAAAACCAAGAUGAAAAAACAGAUUCCUUUGGCAAGAAAAUUGAUAUUGAUCAACUAAUGUAAAUUCAGAACUGAUUUUUUCUCAGAACUUUUGUUUCUGUUCAUUGUCACACAUGGUACCAGACUCUGUUCUUUAGUAACAAGACAUCAGAACACAGAACUAUGUCACAUAUUGAAUUUUACCAUCAUAACUGAGUAAAAAAAAGCAACCCAAAGGAGUUGCCUUGUGCAGACUCCCCUUGUGUACUGCUUCCUAGUUGUUGUGAAUGUUUUAUGAAUUGUAUGAAUUACUGUGCAUUUUUAAUUGCUUCCUGAUGCAGUGCUCAUGUGUAGAGAAGAAUGCUUUCUCAUAUUGUAUGAAGUGUUGUGAUGCUGGUGUAUUUUUGUAUGAUCAUUUAUAAUGAAUCUAGGUAAAGGCAGCAGCAAAAGUCUUUAGUGUUUUAUAAUGUUGAGUUGAUGUAUGGCCUUAUUAAGCACAAAUUUACUUAUAUGUGUUUUGGAGGAUGAUAAUGAAAAAAGUCCUCAGUAACUGCCCAAUACAGAUUGCAUAGACUUCAUUUUGACGAAGAAAAAAAAGUAUUAAAAUUGGAUCAGUAAAUGGUUUUAUUAUUUUAGAGUUUGCCAGAUUCUACAGUUUUUCUUCAGACGAUCUGAGUGAGAUUGACUGUUGUAAUCACAGUCAUGAAUAUUAGAACUGGUCCUGUUCACUGCCAUUGAUAUAUUAUAUACUAUUAUCAGGAAGAUUAAUUGAAGUUAUUAAAGUUUGUAGGAAAUGUAAGGAAGAAAUGUGUGUAGGACGGGAUUUUACUUUUGUCUGAUGGCUGUACAAAGGGCAGAGUGGAAUGUUUGUCACAAGCAUUAAGAAAAGUGUUUUACAGUACCUCUAAUAGAGUUUAGGUAACUUAUUAAAAUCCCAUUUUCUUUUUGUUUUGUUUUUCAGUAUUAGAUAUCAUCAUGCAAGGAUCGGCAUAGAGUAUGUGAACAUCACCAUGUGAUAAAUUAAAAUGAUACAAAAUUUUCAAUAAAUAAAUGUUUUUUAGCUGGGACCUUAAGCAUGAAUAGCAAGGAUAGUUAGUAAGAGUUCAGUGUGACACGAGUUUCAAAGGGAAUGCAAGGACCUUUCUUAUGCUCAUCUUGAACUGUCUGUAUUUCAGAAUUCAGGUAGAUGUUUUUUUUUCUGUUUAUAUAUAUACUGAAUUGUAAAGUUUGAAGAUGUCUUUCUUCUUUGCCUUUUAUUCUGACUAUUGAUAUAUAAAUCAAUAUUUUGAAGUAUUACUUUUAUUAUUUGGAAGGAUUUUGAUUUUUUCUGGAAAUUUAACAUUCAAGACAUUUAUUUUUUUUAUGCUGUUCAGCAUUUUCACUCUGUGUAAUUCUUAGCUAAGAUUCCAUUACAGUCAAAUGAGGCAACAAUAGGAAAUAACAAGGGAAUGGGUUUGUUUAAAACCCACAACAUUUUGUUUAUGAGCUGGUUUCAUUUUUUAAUUGAACUUUUGAUAUACUUAAAACAUUCUGUUGAAAGCUACUUUUCUGUUUUUUUAUGGUUAAGAAGAGUUUACUGUUUGCAGACUAUAGAAUUUCAAAUUUCUUGUUAGUUUAGCCUGAGAAUAACAUUUUCUGAAAGGUAUUUAAGGGAUCAGAUGCUAAAAGAGAAGAAUUAAUGCACCAGCAGGGUUUCUUUUAGGGAACCAUUUUGUAUUAUUCAGAUUUGCUUUACAAUUUAGAUGGCUGUUAGAGGCUUCUGAUUUUAUCAGAAUAUAUUGGAUUAAGACAGUACAUUAAAGAGGGACUUUGUACAACUGAGAAGAAGGAAAAUUUGAAGCUGAUGAAAGGCAGUGAAUGAGUUAUCAACAUCCCUUGCCUCAUCCCUUGCCUGUCUUCCUGUAAGGUCAGAAUGAUAUAUUAGCCAAAGGUCACAGUCAGAAAAGUAUUGCAUUUUGUUUUUGUAAGAAAGAGAAAAGUUGUAUAGUUUUUUUUAGGUGAAAUUAUGCAUAGGAGUAACUCUGACUUAGGACAGUGAAUGUAAUAUUAAUUUUUAUAUUUAUUUUUAUUUUUUUUUAUAGUUCACAAGAAAAGUUAAAGAGUUUAUGCAUGGUCAGAGGAAUUUGUGAAUACUCUUUGUUCAGGAUCAUGGUGAGGAACUAAGUGGUGUCUGUAGGAAUCUUUGACAGGUUCUGUUCCUCUUCCUACUCUCUGUCAUUCUUGUUGUGAAGAUUGACUUGAUAUGAAACAAUUAAAUCGACCUUGCUUCUGCAGUCCUCUUCCCUCCUCCCUCCUCCCUCCUCCCUCACCUUGUUGUUUGGAGUCUUCUGAAGGAUAAGUAUUAGUGGCCUUGUGGGGCCAAAAACCACUAGUCUCAUGCUUGUCAGGGCUGGGAGCAUCCAUGAAGAAUCACCAAAACUUAAGGUUGGCCAAUUGUUACUUCCCAGAGGACGUCACAGAGGCCUUCAACUGCUCAUUCUCUUUCACAUACGGAUUUCAAUCACUUUGCCCAUCUUGACUGUUGAAUAAUUUCCACUGAUAUAAUCAGUGGCUUAAGAGAUAUACACUGUUGUAAUCUAACUACAAAAAAAUAUUUCAUAAGACUCCCAAUACAAACAGUGUAUUAGGAGUCAUUGAUCUGCCAGUUUUUAUAAAGUUACUCUCAGUUAAAACAUUUGACUUUCAAUUUGUGAAAUGUCUUAUCAAUGCUGCAAUUCAACAUGCAUAUCAUAACAUCUGCACCAAGUAGGCAAAAUCUGGAGGUGCUGGUGAUAAGCUUUCAGCUGGCCUGAAGCAAAGUUCUGGAAGCUCCUGCCUCUGCUCUCAAUUCACACAUAUUAGAAACAUACUUAUGUAAGCAACACGAGAAACAAAACAGUAUCAAAUGCACUAAGAAUUAUACCAUGUCUUUGUAAUAUUUUGCUAUACUUCUUUAACAUAUUUUAAAAUAAAGAUGAUAAUUGAAUCUUGCUUUAACAAGUAAAUCAAAUUUUAAUAACCAGUUAUCCUGAACAUUAUCAUCCAUGUAAUGGAAUGUAAAUGUCUGAUAUUUGUCAUGUGAUAUAUUAUAAUGUAAUGGAUGCCCCCUACCCCAAGUAAUUGAAUGUGAUGUAAACAUUGUUUUUUUUUUCUUUUUUUUUCAUUUUGCAUUUUUAGAAAUGUAGAUCAUUUAGAAGUUAAGAUUAGUAUACUGGAUGUGCUGUUAAUUUCUGUAAAUCACUUUUCCCUUUUUUCUUAUAAUUUUUAAGGGGUUGAAGUAAAUAUGUUCACAAUAUGUGAAGUCAAAGGACCACAAUAUUUGAGGGAAAAUUUAUGAUAUUCUAUAAAUUUUCACUUUUGUAAACUUCAGGCAUUAAUAGGAAGUUUUGUAGUUGCAUCAGAGGAAAAGGAAGGUGGUUGGAUACCAGUGAAGUCAGUGCUUGUCUGCCCUGCCGUGUGUACGGUCUCAAAGAACUGUACGCAUGAUAAGAAGCAAUAUAUUUUGCCAAGAUUUAUGAUAGCUUGAUUUGUCAAGUAGCUUCAAUCAAAGAUGUUUGUAAGGUUAGUUUUUAGGUCUCUUGUUGUAAUAGUUCACGGCACAUUCAUGAAAGGAACAAUGUUUAGAUCUGAGUGUGGUUCACCACCAUUCAAGUAUUACUUUGUCGGAAACUGGGGAGCACAAGUUCUUCUUUUUCUUUCGUAUAAUUUUCCAAAGCUGUAAAGCACAGUUGCCAUUUUAAACUUUAUAAGUAUUUUGUGUUGAACGUAGAAAAUCCUGAAGUAUUUCUAUUUUAUAGUCGACAGAAAACAGAAAUGUCAUUAAUGGCAAAAACAUGUACCUUUUAGAUGAAUGUGGCCGAUAUUAGCAGGAGCCUCUCUUGUUCUUCCACUAGUAUUGGAAUGGAACAUAGCACAUCUGAUUAUAAAAGAAUAAAAUCAAUAUUAUUUUUUAUGUUACAUUUCGAUUUGGGUCUUGUCACUUUUGUACAUGAACUGAAUCGCAGUCUGGGUUCAUAAGCCAGUUUUUGGAAGGUUGAAGUGUAAUGCAUCUCUGAUCUGCUAAGUAUAUGUUGUAAGCUGUAAGUGUGUAUGUUAUCUUAGUUCUACAGUGUUUUAGUACAGUGGGAUCAUCAUUGUAGUUAUAAUGAUAAAGAAGGAAAUGGUUGUCAAAGUAUGUUGCAAGUGACUAAGAAUACUCCAAGUUUUAUGUCUCAUUCAGUGAAUCAUUCAUAUUUUAGUUUUUUAUUUGUUAUGGAAUGAGAACUUGUACACACUUUAUUAGAUUACCUUUUUAAUUAUCUUUUGAGUAUUUUACAUUUUGAAAGAAUAUUAAGAGAAAAGUAGAUAAAUAAUAGUUUUACAGUAUUAGAAGCCAUUUUGAGGGAAAGAAAUGUGUUAAAGUCAUUGAAACCCAAAACGUGGAAGAUGCAGAUUAUCAACAAUAUUUGAAACAUAAGCAAAAGCAUAAUAUUUUAAAUACUUUAUUGAUGUCUUAAAGUAUAAACAUGUAUCAGAGAGAUGAUAAAAUACAAAAGAUGUGAUUCAUGCACUGACUACUUUAUGUUUCAGUUGCUCUUAGUAACUGAGUAUCCGAUGACUGCCUGAAAAUGAUUUUUUCAAAGCAACAACAAGAGGUGAUUCAAGCAAUUAUAAGUUUGAUUUCUAAAAUGUUAAAAAUCAUUGCUAAAAAUUA